AUGGCCGUGUGCUGCUGCGCGCUCAGCAGCCUGGUGGUCAUGAACAGCGCGGACCAGGGCCAGGGCGGCGGCCCGGGGCCCGGCGCCCGCGCCGCCGCCCCGCCGCCCGCCGGCCCCGGGAGAGGCUCCGCGUUCCUCUUCCCCCCCGGCCCGGCGCGGCCGCCCGGGGAGCCCUCGAGCCCCGCGGGCUGGCGCGGCGCCCGGCGCAGGCCGAGAGGCGCGGGCUGGGCCGGCGGCGCGCGGGGCGACCCGCUGCCGCCGGGGGCCGAGGAGGCCCGGCGGAAGCUGCGGGUGCUGCAGCGCGAGCUGCAGCACGUGCGGGUGGGCCGCGCCGUGGGCCUGUUCGAGGCGCACAUCCAGGCGGCGGGCGCGGCGCCCCGGAGCCCGCGCGCCGGCCGGGCGCGCUCGCCCUCCCCGAGCCCGCUCCGCAGCCGCAGCCAGCCCCCCGGCCGCGGCCCGGAGCCCGGCGCCCCCGCCGAGGAGCGGAGGACCCGGUCCUGGGGCGAGCCGUGCCCGGAGGCCCCGACGGCCCCCGCGGGAGGACGGGCCCCCCGCGCGCCCUCCUUAGACCGGGGCGGAGCGGGCUGGACAGUGGCGGGCGGAGAGGCCGCGAACCCGCAGAGCCCCGCGCCGUCCGAGGCCCCGAGCCGGCCCGGGCCGCGGGAGGACGCGGGCGCCGCCCGUCCCGGGAAGGCCGGCAGCGGAGCCCCGGCCCCCGGCCUGCUCGGGGGCAGCGAGGCGGUGGCCGCAGGAAGCCCUUGUGGCAGGAUGCCCGAGCCUCUGCCCUGCCGGGCCGCAGCGGACCCUGUGCGGCAGCCACCCCCGUGCCUUCCCGCGCCUCUGAGCCCCGGGGCGGUGCUGGGCCCCGCGGAGGACACCGGCCCGGCCUGGACGUGCGGCACAGGGCCGAGUGCGGACACUUGGGAAAGCCCUGCGCGUGACCGAGAGGCCGGGGACCGGGACACGACGUCCCCCAGAGACAGCGGCGGCCUCCCUGCCAUCCCCGCCGUCAUCAUCACCGACCUGGGCGCCCAGGAGGACGGCGCCUUGGAGGAGCCCCAGGGGAGCUCCCGCGGCAGCCUGCCCCUGAGGAAGCUGUCCUCUUCCUCUGCCUCCUCCACCGGCUUCUCCUCCUCCUAUGAGGACUCAGAGGAGGACAUCUCCAGUGACCCCGAACGCACCCUGGACCCCAACGCAGCCUUCCUGCACACCCUGGACCAGCAGAAGCCAAGAGUGAGCAAGUCAUGGAGGAAAAUCAAAAACAUGGUGCACUGGUCUCCCUUCGUCAUGUCCUUCAAGAAGAAGUACCCAUGGAUCCAGCUGGCGGGACACGCAGGGAGCUUCAAGGCCGCCGCCAACGGUCAGAUCCUGAAGAAACACUGUGAGUCGGAGCAGCGCUGCCUGGACCGGCUGAUGGUGGACGUGCUGAGACCCUUCGUGCCCGCUUACCACGGGGACGUGGUCAAGGACGGGGAGCGCUACAACCAGAUGGAGGACCUGCUGGCCGACUUCGACGCGCCGUGCGUGAUGGACUGCAAGAUGGGCGUCAGGACAUACCUGGAGGAGGAGCUCAGCAAGGCCCGGAAGAAGCCCAGCCUGCGGAAGGACAUGUACCAGAAGAUGGUGGAGGUGGACCCCGAGGCCCCCACCGAGGAGGAGAAGGCGCAGCGGGCGGUGACCAAGCCCCGCUACAUGCAGUGGAGGGAGACCAUCAGCUCCACCGCCACCCUGGGCUUCCGGAUCGAGGGCAUCAAGAAGGAGGACGGCUCCGUGAACCGCGACUUCAAGAAGACCAAAACCAAGGAGCAGGUCACGGAGGCGUUCCAGGAGUUCACGCAAGGGGACCACCGCAUCCUGGUCGCCUACCGGGACCGGCUGAAGGCCAUUCGAGCAACCCUGGAAAUCUCCCCCUUCUUCAAGUGCCACGAGGUCAUCGGCAGCUCCCUGCUCUUCAUCCACGACAAGAAGGGGCAGGCGAAGGUGUGGAUGAUCGACUUCGGGAAGACCACGCCGCUGCCCGAGGGCCAGACCCUGCGGCACGACGUGCCCUGGCAGGAGGGGAACCGGGAGGACGGCUACCUCUCGGGACUCAACAACCUCAUCGACAUCCUGUCGGAAAUGUGCCGGGCCGACCCACCGUCCUGAGGCCCCCCCCUCCGCCCGUGGCCCCGCCCCCUCUGCCCUCCACCUCUACCCACCCCACCCAGGCCCGGACCCACCCGAACUGCACUACCAGACACUUUGUUGAAGAGGAGAGAGAUUUUCUUGUUCUUUCUCUAACGUGGAGCUUGGAGGUGAUGUUUCCUCUUCCUCUCUUUGUAAAUAGAACCACCUUCUAGAAGAGACGCUGAAGCCCAGGGUCAGCAUCAUCCUGGACAAGUCCACUGAGCUCAGAGCUGGAGGGAGCCGGGGUGGUGGUGGGGAGAGGCUGAGGAGGCCGCAGGGCAGCCCCGGCCCUGCAGGCCACUGGUGGAGGCUGCUGCCCCUUAGUGGCUAGUGUGAGUAGCACAGUUACUGCUUCCCAACCGGGAAGAAUCCCUGUUGGCCAGCAGCAUCCUGAGGCAUCCUGGGCUUCUUCCAGAAACUCGGAGUUGUCCUGCCGGACAGCUAAGCAAGGACCUCGGCCCUGCCAGCCUCCCCGGCCCCGGCCACCUGGUAUUAAACCUCCACCUUCAGGCCAACUUAGAUUCCGGGCACUUGUGCAGGCCAGCCUGGCUGGGUGCUGGGGUCCUGGCCCUGGGGGCAGGACCCCAGCCUGUCUGGAGCAUCUGCCCAGACACCACGGGGCGCUGGCCGAGCCGGGCUGAGCGGUGCUUUCCACCGGCCUCACUCACACCUCCCAUUCUCGUGAUGAGGCCUGGGGCCUGCUCAGGACACAGCUUCAGGACCCGUGGCUCUCGACCCCACCCCAUCUGGGCAGGAUGCCGGUCCCCCAUUGCCCGGCACCCCAGCUGCUAAGUGGCCAGGCUGUACGCCAGGGCCUUGGCGGGGUCUGGGUCUCUAGCUGUUGUGGGGCUGGGGCCGGUCCAGGCCAGCACUAGCUGGAAGGAAUCAGAAUUCUGUCUUCCUGGCACCAUUUCUGAGUCUCCCCAGAAUAUACCCGAGAGCUUAGAUCCCAAGCUCCCCCGCGUCUUGGGUGAGGUUGGGGGUGGCUGGCGUGCCCGGCCUCCCUCUCUGGAGUCUGUGGGCCCGUCCCUUCACCUGGUCAGCUGUAAAGCAGGCCUUGCUGAGCGGGCGGCGGAGGCUGCGAGCCCCGGGCUCCACCACCAGGCGCUGUGCCCAGGACUGUGCCUCACGCCCGGCCGCGCUCCCUGACUGUCACGGGGCCAGGAGAGGGGGCGCCUGCCGGGUUCCCCGCCCUCAGGUGCUGCUCAGAGGCUGUGGUUUGGGGAGUGAGCCUGGCCUGACUGCUUCCAGAAGCUGUGCAGCCCCUGCGGCCGGCCGGCAGGCGGGGUGGAUCUGCAGCGUGGGCCGGUGGCGUGGGUCUGCGGGGUGAAGGGAUCUUCCCCCUUCCUGCCGAGGCUGAUGGGGGCGGGGUGGGGCGAAGGACACAGCGGAGCUCUCCCGGCUCUGGUUCUGACUGUCUGAGCUCCUGCCUGGGUGGACUUGUAAAGGUCAGGCCCCGGCCCGCUGGGCGCAAGAUCGGGAAGCAGCGGCGCGUGGCGUGGAGCCUGGGCCGGCUCUGGGGGUUCGGCUGCGUUCACGCUGCACCCCGCGUCACAGGAGAGGCUGUGAAGCUGUCUUCAGGGAGUGGCCGGCAUGGACUCCCUGGUGACGGUUCAGUAAGUGCAGACAGGCCUCGGUUUACCUAGGAAAACCCAAAGCCAACUAAUUACAUGAACAAAACUGCGGGACCAUCCUGACGCAAGCAUGGCGGCAAGGCAGCAGCCGUUGGCAGAUGACCCUUACCCUGGGGUCCAGCCUGGGGUUCCGUCCCCGUGUCAACGGCAUAGCCGCGCAGUUCCGUUCCUGCCGGCCUCCUUCGGGCUUUGUGUUUGGGGCGCUGUCUCCACCCUGCCUACCGCCGCCUUCUCCCGUGUCUGCGGACAGAUGGCCUUGGAGUGGCGGAGCCCGGGCUCACAGCUGCGGCUGCCGCCCGCCUGGGCCCCGCCCGCCUGCCCGGCUGCGCCCUGGCGCGCCCUGGCGCGCCCUUAGUGUCCUCAAGACUCUUUAAGUUAUAUUUAUUUUGUUGGUUUUUAAGUUGCACAGAACACUAAGACCGAAAGGCUGGACUGUUCUCGAGAGCUUUGCCUUCCGAAUGCCCGGCCCAGGGCGGGGCCCGGCCCGGCCGGGCCCCCGGGCGCCCUCCCGCCGCCACUGCCCAGGACCUGGCCCUGCCCCGCGGGCUCACCCAUCAGUGCCUUUUCUGGGGGAGGAGACACCCCAGGCUCUGUACCCCUCUCCUCUGAUCAGGACCUGGGGACGUGGAACUGCUGCACCCCUACCCCAUGUGUCUGUCAGACAACUGCUAGGGCCUCCGCCCUCCCCAAUAAAGGUUUGGAGACCAGUA